UGUUUUAGUUUUCCUAAUAGUGUUAGUAUGUGUUUCUUAUCCUCUUUUUUAAAAACUUAGUUGAUUGUCCAUUAGAUCUUAAUUAAGUUUUUGAUAAAUGAUUGUCCGUGUGUACCAUUCUUACUCUUUUUGCAUUUUAGGUCGAAUUGAAUGGGAACGAAAUGAUCCAGAAAUUAUAUCAGAUGCCCUGUUUGCGUUGGCGAACAUCAUUAGUUUUUCUAGACUGGUGUAUAUUUUACCGACUUUCGAGUCUGUCGGUCCACUUCUAGUUGUUUUGGGCAAGAUGAUCACAGAUGUCUUUCGCUUUGCUGCCUUGCUGCUGAUUGUGUUCAUAGCCUUCACGGUUGGACUGCACAAUCACUACCAUUUCUAUGAGGGUCAAACACUCCCUGAUGGGUCGGAGACUAAUUCUGCAUUCCACGGGUUUUUCAACACAUUUCGCACACUGAUGUGGUCCAUCUUUGGCUUGGGGGACCCCAGUUCCGUAGAAAUCCACAUGAAGCACGCGUUUGUAGAGAUAGUGGGAAUCAUUAUGGUGGCUACAUUCCAUAUUGUCAUCGUUAUAAUGUUGAUCAAUAUGCUCAUUGCUAUGAUGACAAUCUCUUUUGAAGCUAUUCAUAACGACGCAGACAUCGAAUGGAAGGCCGCGAGGACAAGGUUAUGGUUAGGAUAUAUAGGGGAAGGAUCUACUCUCCCCAUCCCAUUUAACUUAAUACCCAGCCCCAAAUGGUUGUUUUAUCUCUUCGCCUGCAAGAAAUGCGAGGCACCUAGUGAAAAGAAAGAAAUAGAGAAAAGCAACGAGGAUUAUGAAGGCAUCAUGGAAACUCUUAAAGAAAGGUUCAAAAAGAAAGCUGAAGAGGAGCAGAAAAAACAUGGCUUGACAUCCACCCGGACGGCGGGACCUACAGCCAAAGGGACAGCGGGAUGAUGAAGACAUCAGCAAAUGGAACGUCGGGAUGGUGAAGACAUGAACCAGUGAAACAGCGGUUGAUGACUGCAUCACAUUCUUUAUUGCCAUUGCUUAAGCGCGUUUACGUAUUAUUCGUACAUAACGAUCCAUUUUAGUUUACAAACAAUUAAUUUGUUUCUACCGGUAUAAAUGUGGUCCCUCUAAAAGAUAAUUAUAACUGUAGUGAUAUAAUCCUGCAUUGUUCGUAUUAACACGCAUUCGUCGUGCAUUUACUUCAUUGCCUGGUUUAUACCUUAGUGUAUAUAAUGAGUAUAGAGUAGUCACAGUAUUAGCAUUAGAACAUAUCUGCUUUUUAUAUAAAAGUAAAAAAAAGAAAGAAAAAAAAGCUCAGUCACUGAAAGUAAAGCUUUUAUAUGCGGAAUUUUCCUAACCGGUUUUUAAUUACACUUGUUAAUAUAGUGAACAUGUAUAGCUACUUUCUAUACAACCGUUUCGUCUCAUUUUUUUCAAUGUUUUUAGCGGGUGAACAUGUGUAGGGUGUGUAUGUUUUGAUUGAGAUGUUAAGGGGUUCAAAGUGUUUAGCUGCCUAACAUGUUUUGCACCGGGGGCUCUGCAUGGAUCCGUGGGAAAUAUGAAAAAAAAGUAACUACAUCA